AUGUGGUACCUCAAUACUCUUGCCUUUGGUUCGUUCUCUACUUUGGCCUUGGCGUCAGCCAGUUCCAUUCACCAACUGGGAAUACGUCAAAAUGAUCAUAGUAGCGAAUUAAAACCUGUUACUGCUCCCAUAAAAAUCCUGAACACGUACUCGACAAUCGAACUAUCGCUCGGGACACCACCUCAAACCGUUGAUUUACUAUUCGACACGGGUUCAGGACCAUUCUGGGUUCUGAACCCUUCGUGCGCGCAAAACUGUUCAGGUCCUGCUAAUCGUUCGUUCUUUGACCCAAGCCGCAGUAACACGGCCCAGUAUACGGCCGGGCACGAAACAGUCGAUUACCAAGGAGGAACCGUUUCGGGGGAUAUCUGGUCUGAUAAACUCACCAUUCAAAAUGUGACUUUUCCAACGCCUCAACGUUUCAUCAAUGCCGAUUUCUCAAAUUGGUUCGCGUUACCAGCUGGAGGCUUCGUAGGGCUCGCGUUCCCAUCUAUCGCGCUGGGAAACACUUCGAUCUACGACGUUUUAUUUCAUCCAACGCAGAUUCCCGACCACCGAACCGGCAUUUACCUUGGAAACGCUUCGACUACAGCUUCUAAUACUAGCCCUCCAACCAAUGGCAUUGUUACGUUUGGCGGUAGUGAUGAGGAAAAGUACGGUUCGGAACCACUAAAGUGGGUCGACGUCCUUCCAGCUCCGGCAGGCGAUGAAUACGAAAUAUGGCGAGUUCCUGUCGGCGCGGCCAAGACAAGCAGAAAUGGAAACUUGACCACUCUGAAUAUUCAACCUGGGGCCUCGGCUAUUUUCGAUACUGGCGCCGGUCUAAUUUCAGCUCCUGAAUCAAUUAUCGAAGAGUUGUACAACAGCUUGGGCUUCAACUAUACUGCGAUUACCGAAGGCUACCGGCCUUUGUGCAGCGAUGUCAUAGGCUACAAUGCUUCUUUGACUCUUACAUUUGGAGAGAUCGAAGUCACUGUUACCACUGCCGACUUGGCGAGACCAGGAUAUACGGAAGACCAAUAUUGUUUCCCACCAUUCAACCCAUGGGACUCAGAUAGGUGGAUCCUCGGCAAGGCGUUCCUUCAGUCCUUUUAUUCGGUCUGGGAUCUUGGAGGAUGGAAAGUAUCUGGUGUUGCAGACGUAAAGCCACGCCUGGGUCUUUCGUACCUUAAGGACGAGUACCAGCCUCGCGUAUCGCCAGUGUAG